GUCGAAUCGUUAUCGCGUGUGAAAGGGUGGUUAUUCACUUUUCCUGUUGUUUUUUUCUCUUGUGUGUGAUUACGACUUUUGCGACAGUGUGAAACAUGCCAAACGGAUUAACGAAAAUGAUCACUGUCGGAUGAGUGAUGCUUAGAAAAAUGAAUAAUAUGUUACGGAAGAUGGUGCAAUUUGUAUUUGUAUGAAGAAAAAAAAUGAAAUAAAACAGUUAUGUUGAAAGCAUCUCAAGCGGUUUACUCGUAUUUUGUUAAUUUCCCCUGCAGAUCGAAAAAAGUGUGGUUUAUACAAUUGUUGGAAUAUUUCCACAUUGUGAAUAGAGAAAAUUUUGUCGUAGCCGUUCGUGUUCCAAGUGCUUGUCACAGACCGAUUCAUUCGGCUGGUGAAGAAAAUGGAAAAAGAACCGUGUGCCGCCAUUUUAUUUCUCAUCAUUUAAAUUUGCAGUCUCAGUACUAUUGACAUAUACACUCGUGUGUAUAAAGUUAAUGUUACGAACACCAAUAGAGUGUCAGCCAAGAAGAAAAGUUUCCUGGCAUUUGGUUUCGUACAUUUAUGCGGAAAAUCGUGCUGUAGCAGAUGGAAUUUUCUGAAAUAGAUUGGUAGUGGCCGUAGUUAAGUACGCAUAAAAUACAUGUGUUAUGAAGUUACAUGCAAAAAAGUGGACGAAAAGGUGAAAAAAUUGAAAAUAAAACGACUGAUUUUUUUUCACUCAAGCGGAGCGCAAAGUUGCUGCAACUUCGCACACAUAAACGAAGCGAGAGUGAAAAGCAACCGAAUCGCACAUACACAUAGGACCUACAUUUGACGGACUGGCGGUAGCACUGCCUUCAAAUUACAGAAAAUCGACUCAUCGACUGCGCCUAAAACCGCUUAUGGGAAGUACGUGUUCGUUGACGUACGUCUGUAUGGGUGCGUGUGUAUAAGCGCCGCACCGUAACCGUAAGGGUCAAGUGAAGCGCCUGUGUUUUUCACUAGUGGCUUGUGUAUUGUGCUGAGGUCGUGUUUUUCUUCGCGAUUUUGAUGCGGGAUAUCUCACUGAAAACACAGAAUUAUACGGAAUAAAUUGUGAUGAUACUUAGCUGACUGCGCACGUCAUCGCGAGACCUAUGUCGGCUUAGUCCAGUCACUAUGCAACAAGGAUCAGCAUCAACCACUCCGAGCGUGGUGCCUACGACCGUUCCGUCAGUUUCAUCAGAAAAGAUGGAUGAGCCACCGCCACGCAACGAGCCGGUGGUCGAGCCGGUUAAUGGCAUUGUUCAGCCGCCGGUGGUGCCGCCGCCUGAACGACCCGGCCGACUGACGAAUCAACUGCAUUUUCUGCUCAAAACAGUGAUGAAGGCCGUUUGGAAGCACCAAUUCUCUUGGCCGUUCCAGCAGCCAGUGGAUGCGAAAAAACUGAAUCUUCCCGAUUAUCACAAGAUUAUCAAGCAGCCAAUGGAUCUAGGUACAAUCAAGAAGCGUUUGGAGAAUAAUUACUACUGGACUAGCAAGGAAUCCAUACAAGACUUCAAUAUCAUGUUCUCAAAUUGCUACGUGUACAACAAACCUGGCGAGGAUGUUGUAGUGAUGGCUCAGACGCUGGAAAAGUUGUUUCUCACUAAGGUAUCGUUGAUGCCGAAAGAUGAGGUGGAAAUGGAUGUCCCGGCACCUAAAGGUGCCAAAAAGAAACCGGUAGCGCGUCAACUGGCUCCUCCUGGAACGUUGGUUGGUAGUGUUCCGGUAGCAACGGCUACGGCCACAGUCACUGCUGCGACGGCUGCGGCACGUGCUCGGCCUAACUCUUCGCUUGGUAGUGCGGUUACUUCGAGUGUUCCACCCAAUACUGCAACAGCAACGGCUGCGACUGUAGUGCCAAGUGUGCCUCCGAUUGGUACACUCCCUCCUCAGACUGUGCCCGGUAGCACAAACACAACCACAACAGCAACGCCAGCCGCAUUAAGUGCAGCGCACAAUUCAAUCGCCACACCGGUGGUGCCAGUAAUGGCAAAACCGGUGGUACCAACCACAUCGCCCUACAUCGUAAACAGUUCACAGUCCGGAAUUGAAACGGUUUUACCUCCUCAGCAACCUGCUAAAGUCAAAAAAGGCGUUAAAAGAAAGGCCGAUACCACCACACCAACUGCUACCGCGUAUGAUCCGCACUAUGGCACCAAUCUAGACCCGAGCAAUGCAAAAAUCGCAACCCGAAGGGAAUCCGGACGACAGGAGAUUGCACCAUUCCAGUCUGCAACGUACCCCAUAUCGCCAUAUCAGGGCUCGGCCGCUGCUCAGAAUCCACCGAAAAAUAAGGAGAAACUGUCGGAUGCCCUGAAAUCGUGCAAUGAAAUUUUGAAGGAAUUGUUCUCCAAGAAACAUUCGGGUUACGCUUGGCCCUUCUACAAGCCAGUGGAUGCAGAGCUGCUGGGUUUGCACGACUAUCACGAUAUUAUCAAGAAGCCGAUGGAUCUGGGCACGGUGAAGCGAAAAAUGGAUAAUAGGGAAUACAAAUCGGCCAACGAGUUUGCUGCGGACGUUAGGCUUAUAUUUACAAAUUGCUACAAGUACAACCCACCAGAUCAUGACGUUGUAGCUAUGGGCCGUAAGUUGCAAGAUGUUUUUGAGAUGCGUUUAGCGAAUAUACCGGACGAGCCGGUGAAUAAUGUUACACCCAAUCAAAGCAAGGAAAGUGAUUCGUCCUCGUCUAGCGAAUCCAAUGCUAGCGAGGAAGAUUCGGACUCCGACGAGGAGUGUAAUCAAAAGUUGAAAAUGCUUGAAAAGCAGCUUUUCGAAAUGCAAGAACGCAUGCGAAAGCUGGCGGAAGAAGCAUCUCUGAAAAAGAAGGCAAAGAAGAAACUGAAAGAAAAAAAGAAACAGAUGGCAGCGACGGGUUCGAGUGAUGUGAAGCAGGGAAUGGAAGUGCACGCCAAUCCGCCACAUGCUCCAGUUAAAGCAAUCCAUCAAGUGACGGCCCUUGCACAACCACAAAUUACCAGUGCAGCUCCUGCAAUCCCACCCGCGGGUACCACCAAAACUAAAACGAAAGGUCAGCGUGCACAAAAAGCCGGUGCUACACCGAAUCCUCCUGCGAAACGGGCAAAAGGAGCCGGAGCGGCUGGAACCAAUGCAGCUAGAGGACCCAACAAGAAGAAAAGUUCGCAAAACGUGGCGAAUUUCGAUUCCGACGAGGAAGACACUGCUAAGCCAAUGUCGUACGACGAAAAAAGACAAUUAUCACUCGACAUCAACAAAUUACCAGGUGACAAACUCGGACGCGUUGUGCAUAUUAUCCAGAGCCGAGAGCCAUCGCUGCGGGAUUCCAAUCCAGAUGAGAUCGAAAUCGACUUCGAAACCCUUAAACCUUCGACUUUGCGAGAGCUGGAAUCCUACGUUGCAUCCUGUUUGCGCAAAAAAACCCGUAAGCCUUACUAUAAUAAAAAAGCUUCCGGAAAAUCAAAGGACGAACAAAUGGCAGAGAAGAAGCAAGAACUUGAGAAACGACUGCAAGACGUUACCGGCCAACUGGGAACUGCCAAGAAGAAUGCUAAAAAGGCUGACGAAGCAACGAAACAGGACGUAGCCCCGUCCGGUGGCAACAUUUCGUCGAGUAGUAGUUCUAGCGAUUCAUCAUCAUCCAGUUCUAGCGAUUCCAGUUCGAGUGAUUCCAGCGACAGUGAAGCAGAGUCCGGACGACCAACAAAGAAGAAGAAGAAGGAAUUUUCAUCUCCAGUGCAAUUAUCUGCCGCAGUGCCGAAUCCGCUCAUACCCGCAUCAUCAUCUUCGACCAACACAAACAUCCCCACAGUAACAAAUACAACAGUGCCGCCAGUAGCAUCAGCUGUUGCUAGUAGCAGUUCAUCCCUUCCUAGCUCAACGCCGAAUACAUCUGCAUCAAGUACAUCGCAAUUAACGUCACAAAAUGCACCAAAUCUAUCGGCAGUAGUUCCUCCAACAUCUGCGGCCUCCAUUGCAGUUACGCCUGUUCCCAGUACACCAAAUUUGCUGAGUACGAAUUCGAACUCGGCUCAUUGUCCAUCCACCCCUCAAUCUCAACCUACCACGUCAAUAGCAACACAACCCACCACCUUAUUACCACAACAAACACCUCAACUCCCGUCACAGCAGGGCUUACCCUCAGCAGUGUCCGGUAGCAGUAGUGGUGUAAAUAACACACUUAGUAAUAAUAACAGUAACAGUUGCAACAAUAGUAAUAGUAACCAAGUUCCAUUGCCAACGCCGUCACCAAAUACGACAACAAUGUUACCUUCCAUUUUGUUGUCUACUAGCAGUAAUAGUAUGAAUAACAUCAACAAUGUUACUCAGCAAUCGCAGCAACAGCCAAACCAACAACAAUCUCAAACCCAAUCCCAAUUGGGUCAGCCUAGUAAUAAUGGGUUAUCGUCCAACAAUACCAAUUGUAUCAGCAAUGCGCACAAUUUAGCGAUUCCACAGAUUCCAGCGAGUAUAACGGCUAUCAACAGCAUGACAAACCUGGCAAGCGUUGGUAUCCAACAAUCGAUGCAAUUAACUUCGACUCAAAGUCAAAAUACGCAGCAACAUCAGCAAAUGGGUAAACAGCAGCAGCAGCAUAACCAAUCUGGGCCUAUGUCGGUUCCAUUGCCUACAACGCGCGCUUCUUCAAUUAAUCCACAAUCCCAUAGUAUGUCGAACUUCAUAGAUCCGUUGGAACAUUCGUUGGCAUCAUUUGAAAAGAACGAUGCUACAGCGCUUGGUCUGAAUCUGCUGAAUGAUCUUCAAACCUCGUUGAAACAGGAGCUGUCCGCUAACAAUAUGCAGACUCACCCAAACUUACUGCCACCUCUGGAUUUAAUGACGCAUUUGCAGAAUCAAAUGCAUCAUUCCAAUAAUGGGUUUAACAAUGACUUUAACGGUAAUGGACCUCUGAACGGAAUGGGAAGUCUUGCGUCUAGUGUUGGUAUGAGCCAAAUGCUGAUGAAUUCGAUGGCAACGACCAAUCCGAUGCUGGGCAACGUUCCAAUGCCUUCGUUGUUCGAUCCGCUGCAAAACUUUAUGCGGCCGUCCAGUUACCAAAAUAACCCAAAUCUCAACGACCGCACCAUUGAUUUGACCGGCGGAAGUAGCAGUGUCGGAUCGGUUCCCAAAAAAGAGGAAGGAAAAUUUUUGCUAACACCCAAACCCAUUGAGGAUCUACUGAUGAAUCCUAACGAAAAGAAGAUGAGCGGAACGCCCCCUGACGUGAAAGGGAACUUUGCACAUGCGUUCAAAUCUUCAGCUCACGAUCAGAACUUGAAGAACGCCUGGUCAUCGCUGGCAUCCGCAGGCUCACCCCAGAGCACUUCUACCUCCAAUAAACCAAAACCGGCAAUGGACACGUUUCAGGCGUUCAGAAACAAAGCGAAGGAAAAACUCGAUAAGCAACGACUACUCCAGCAGCAGGAAUUGAAGCGUACCCAGAAGGAACAGGCGGAGAAAGAACUCAAGCGGCAGCAGGAACAACAGCAGAAGGUUAAACAGGAUGAAAUAAACAAUGGACGUAAACUAUCAGUAGAACCAGUGCCCGUUCGCGUUGUCGAGGAUAUCAAGGCGUCACCCCAAGGCAGUCCGUCUCCGAGUACACCUAGUACUCCUCAUAAUUUGGAUCGGUCGGCAGCCAAACGCGCGGAACUGCGGAAAUUGGAGCAGGAACGUCGAAGAAGAGAAGCGAUGGCUGGACAAAUUGACAUGAACAUGCAAAGUGAUUUGAUGGCGGCUUUCGAGGAAUCACUGUAAAAACCGCUGUUGGGUUGGUGUUUGUAAUUCUAAGUCAAUACACACAUACGUAGCUGAAUCGAACACACUCACGGCGCUUUCACGGUGAGGCCUCUCUGAACAUUCAUUUCCUCCCGCAUACCACCGAUGCACAGCAGACUCCAAGGAAGCAAAUCCUAUUGCGGUUUACAUUUGAUGGCGGUACUUCCGUGUGUAUAUCGAAGGCGCGUUCGUUAGGUGGUGCUUACGCAGAAUCACAGAAGAGUGAUCGAUAGAGGGAGGGGAGGGGGUGAAGGAAAUCAUAAUUUUUUCAAGACGAAAUGAUAAGAUUAUGUAGUUAAAUAAGUGACAUUAUAAUUUGUGAUAUAUAACGUAAAUAUAUUAAAAAUAUAUAUUUAAACAGAAAAGAAACGUAAAAUGUAAAUUACAAAGGCUCGAAAAAGAGGAAAACCAUUUUGCGAAAAAAACUGGUCUAGUGAAGAACAGGGAAUGAUCAUGGAUAGAAGCGCGGUUGAAAAACUCCGAAGUUUUAGGGAAUCAUUAAUUGAAAAAUGUGAAUCAAUGUUACUCUAACGAGUGUUAGGAUUAGAAAGUUCAAUAAACAGCCAAAAAAAUGAGAUAUUUAGGAAUGAAUUCUGGUUAGCUUUAUUUUGCGGGAUGUAGUUUUCGGUUAUAUCAAUUCAAUUCAAUUUCCUAUUCUUUAGUACUCUUCAAUGUGCUGGAGAGAGAGAGGGUGCGCUGAGUUUUAAUUAUCAGAUGUAAUUUACGUGACUGUCCAGCAUUGAUCAAAUCAACAUAGUGUAAUUGCUGUAAUCGCUUAGGGUAAAUAUAUUUGGUACGUUUUUAUUUUAUUACAAAA